AUGGUCCGAAAGCUGAACGACGCCAUCAUGGAAGUAGAACUGGAAGAAAACGGAAGUCAUGCCGAACAAAUACGUGCCGCGCCACCUGUUGAAGUGAACAGCUUGAAGUUCUCAGUGAGCGCAGAGCAAUACAGCAGCGCAGUACAUCGUGUCGCAUCGAUCAACAUCUGCGCUCAGAAUUCUUCGCCUGUUCUGCUGCCGAUUCAUCUUUAUCCUCAUCUUCUCCCGAACUCGCUGGCUUCGUUAUCGGCAACCGUAGCGAUGGGGACUCAACUCCACCGCAGCGCCCUCAGUGCCUUGUGUAUCGAGAACAUGGACAACAUGGUCGGGCCGACGGCGGACAAUGACUUCAGGUAUGUACUUGUAAUACUGCUAUUAGCAUGUAGUAUCGGUUAUGGUCUUGAUUGCUAGCU